AGCUGAACGCCCAUCACGUUGCGCACAUGGAACGGGUCGAGGUGACCACGCCACACCCAGCUGACCGGAGCGGCGUGCCUGCGCCGGAGGAGCGGCUUGUGUAACAGCUGUACGCGCCCGUGGCCCCGCCGGUAACGAGCAGCGGCGGCGGCGGCAGCAGCAGCAGCGUCCCCCGGGUGAAAUGUCCAGGAGGCGGCGCAUUCAGCGGCCGACCAGCAGCUGAGCACUUUCCUUUUUCUUUUUUUUUUUUUUCUUCUUUUCGGGCGCAGUUUUGUCAACCACGGCGUUUUACAUGGUUUACGCUUUUUCGGCUUGUCGGAGGAAUGCGAGGCGUGAGCCGGGGUGUUAAGAUGGGACUGUUUCUGCACGCCGUGGGCUCCGUCACCCCCACCGAGUCCGCCGCGGACCGGAGCCUGCUGCACUGUGAAGGCGUUAACAACCAGAGCUACAUCUGCGAGUCCGGACACUGCUGCGGAGAGUCCCAGUGCUGCAGUUACUACUAUGAGCUCUGGUGGUUCUGGCUGGUGUGGGCGAUCAUCUUCAUCCUGAGCUGCUGCUGCGUGUGUCACCACCGCCGCACCAAACACCGGCUGCAGCAGCAACAGCGGCAGCACGAGAUCAACCUCAUCGCGUACCACGAAGCACACAACUACCCCUCUGUGCCCUUCUACUUCAGGUUUCUGCCCAACUACCUCCUGCCAGAUUACGAAGAGGUGGUCAACCGGCCCCCGACUCCUCCCCCUCCCUACAGUGCCUUACACACAGGCCCGUCCUCGGUGGUUACGAGUCCGCUGGCUCCCGAGCAGCAGGAAGGACACGGUCCGGCCGGCCAGUCCGCUCCGGCGCCGCCCAUCUCCGACAGCCUGUGCUGCAGAGCCACUAUAGAGGAGCCGCAAGCUCCCGGCUUAGACUUUAGGCCGAAGCCUGACAACAAGCCCGUGCAAACGGCACAAGACUCGGGCGUGAUCCUGGCGUCGGACGGCCUCAGCAGAGAGGGACUCGGCAGCCAGGAGAAAAGAGGCGGCGGGGGGGACGAGUCCUGCAAGGACCCCCUGCUCAAGGACCUCAGCCUGUCCGAGGGCGGCGCCGAGGAGAAAGAGCGGCUCCCCGGCGGGCGCAGGCGGCGCUUCACGGGGGACUCCGGCAUCGAGGUGUGCGUGUGCGGCACGCGGGGGAACAACGGUUGCGUCGGAGCAGGAGGGACAGGCCAGGAGGGCAAGGAGCUGAGGGAGCUGGAGAGCCUGCUGGGUCGCGAGGUGGACGACCAAGAGGAGGAGGAGGAGGAGGAGGAGGAGGAAGAGGAGGCGGGCGACUUCUGCGACAGCUGUGGCCACAGGGCUUCCAUCGGGAUGGAGGAGGAGCCGGCGCCGGGGGGGCCGGAGAGGCGGGCCGGGCGCGGGCCGGCCGGAAACCCGCACUCCCCGGUCUGCCUCCUCCUGCACACCAUCAGCGAGCAGGAAGGGCCGGCGCACAGCGCCAGCACCGAGCCGCAGGGCUGAGGCCGCGGAGCGCAGGACGACGCUCGGACCUGAGCGACUGUUUCACGUGUAAAUGCUAACCGAGUGUUUCUAUGUGUGCGUCUGUGUAAAAAGAGGAAGUGUGGGAGCAGCGAGUGACAUCUGGAGAAAACAACUCAAUCCAAAGACUGGGAAGACGUGCUCCUCCCCCACACUGGAACAGUGGCCUUAACCUGUGGAUCCGGGGUUCUGUUUGGGCUCUGCACGCCCUCCAACAGCCUGUGGCAGUUGAGACUAUACACACACACACACACACACGCACACACACACGCACGCAGAGUUGUCCCACUCAUAAGCCACGAGCCUUGACGUCAGACACGACGUUGAGACCUGAGCGUGAAGGCAGCAGCUUCGCAGAGCUGCUCUCCUCAGGCGGUGAACUCCGCAGCAAAACAACACACAGCAGGAACAUUUUUGAUUGUGCAAUGUGGAAUUGCCACAGUGUGCGUGUGCGUGUGUGUGUUUAUGCAAACUGAUACUGUAUAAGGACAACAGAACAAGAUGUUGUGGGACAUGCCGUUAUACUCAUGCUAAAGUGCUUUUUUUCAGCAAAUCACAAACCGCUCUGCCUUGUAUGUAUGUAUGUGUGCAUGCGUGCGUGCGUGUGUGCGUUUGUGUUAUUGGCCCUGCUCGUGAUGCGGAAGUGAAAGUGCAUUAACUAAUCUUAAUGUGGGCAGUUCCUGUUUUGCACAUUAUGUUAAUUACCUUUAAAAAAUGAAGCUUUUAGCAAGAAAGAAAAUGAGAUCACGCCAGAGAAUACUUAGUUUUAUAAUGAUUUAGUCUUAAAUUGCAGUACGUGAUCAGGGUUUGUUUUGAUAUUUGGAAGAAAUAGAUUUCAUUGAGUUGUUAGGAGAGAAUGCAGCAAGAACUUCCUACAGUCCUUUUCAGAUGUUUGUUGUAUGUGCCUACUCAAAAAAAGGCUUUUCCUGAAGAAUGAAAAGCUUUGAGACAUCCUGAAAACGCAGGUACCAAAAACAAGAGAAGAAUGUUGAGCUUGUUAGAGAUUACAGCCGUCAGACCUCAGACUUUUUUGUGUCAGUCACUAAUGUGGAUUUCCACCUUCACCAGCUUUACACUACAAAAUCAUCUACAUUUGCAGUCUGCGAUUGAAUGGAUCUUCAUGCCUAUCUUCAGCUUGGUGUCCUUUUAAAGGUCCGGUGUGUUGGAGUUAAAGGAAUCUGUCAGAAGAAAUCUUUUUUUGUUUGUUUGUUUGUGUAAAACACCAUGUCUUUAGAGAUUCUUGUGUUUUCCAAACCCUUGAGAGGCUCGGAAGCCGCCGCAGCAGAAACGGUUAGCUCGGAAAGACCAACCAAACACACGUAACAGAAAUACUUGUCAAGUGUAAAAAGAAGAAAAAAAUCUUUAUAAUUCCUGGUCUUAUUUCACUUAGACUAAUGUUGCAUCCAAAACAUACAGUAAAUGACGUUGCGCUUUAUAAGGUUGCACAAAGAUUUGAAGCCCCAGAGUACGUGCCGCAGAGUUUCUCUUUCCCACAGACCCUCCUCCCAGCCUGGUUUUCAUGCAGAAGCUGCUUUAACAGUCGGGCAGCUGGCUUCCACUCAGCGCCGGGUUGUUACGUCGGUUCCUUCCCAAAUCAACUACAAAAACCAUGAGUGACGAAUGGAAGUCGAUAUGUUUUUUGUGUUAAUUUUUUAAAAUUUGGUUUGCAAAUUCCUCUGGCCAGAUUGAACUCUGGGACGGGCUGUCUUUGGCCCACAGACCACAUGUUUGAAACCCCCACCUUUAGAGAGAACUUCUCCCAAUUUGUGUACCAACUUACCGUAAAUGUUUUCGAUAAAUACAGUUUUAUAUAAGCGGCAACUGGCUCGAAAACAAACAAUUCGAGCCACAAACAUUAAACUCUGUGAUUCUGUAGCGGGGAAAUGUUCAUGCUUUUGCAGCCUAAUCAAUGAAAAAUAUCUAUGGGAUGUCAACAAAACAAGCAGAAGGCUGAAUAAGGCCUUUGGUUCUUUAUCAGUGCAGCCGAUUCAGAUUGAUGUGAUUCAGGAAGAAAUUUUAUUGAGGCGGCACUGUGGACACAAACGCAAAGAGACUGAAGCAACACACCCGUGAGUUUAAAUACAGAUCAUCAUGAUGAUCAGUGUGUCACUAAUUUAAAAUUUGAUUUUCUUUUAACUAAAGAAAUAGUUUUUCCACCCUGGCAUGGAUUGUAGCUGGUGACACCUCGUACCAGAUCUUUCCUCCCUGGACUGUCGACACAAUGCACACACACACACACACACACAAACACACAUAUCUGUAAAGCACAAGAGACUCAGACCCAAAAGCCACCAGUCGUCGAUUGAUUCCCGGAAUUUCCAGCACAAGCGAAAGUAGAAUGUGAACUUUCUGUAUUAAACUGACUGAAUUUUACCCGUCGAAGCCUAAACACACUCUAAAGAGCUUUUUAUGUUGAUGCUUUCUGUGAACGAUAUUAAAGAAAAAAAUCGUGGUACAUGUAGUACAAAGAUGAGCUAUUUUUUCAUAUUGGCUAAUUCCUUUCAAAGUUAAUGGGAUUAUAAUUUCUCAAAACCACUUUAUAUUUGCAAAAUGUGUACAAUAUUCUGUAAUAUGUUUAUGAACCAAAUACUUGUUUUUCAUAAUUUUGAUGAAAUCAUUAGCUUUAUUCUUGCAGAUUAUUACGUUUUUCAUUAUGGGUAUUACUCUUUUGUUGAAGAAAAAAAAGAAAACUCUUUAGAAACUGAAGUGGUGUGAAGGGUACAUUUGACUAACAGUACAGUUGAUAAUCUGUUGAGAUCAGGGGCAUUUUGCCAAAGAAACUGUCUUUUCUUUGUGAGUGUGUGCAAGUUUGCACAUUUUGUCUUUGAAUGUUCUGAUCAUAAGCCAUUUAUUACAACCGAGAUGGAUGUAUGUUCAAUAAACAUACUAAAUUCAUACCCAC